GGCCAAUGGCGUAAUCGGCUGCAAUGCACUGCUUUGUCCUGAGUGUUUGUAAAACAGAGUCGUAAUGGUUAAUUUGGCUCAAUUGAAGUGGUUCAAUUGUAUUUUACGACAUAAAUGACUGCCGAGACUUCGUGCGUAGCUUACGUUUUAGAGGGAUGAUGUUGAAUGACCUGUGAAUCUGUUGAAAGGUAGCCCAUCCCGCUCCUCCGAAUUGUCUCCCCCGGACCGCGACCGGUGGUGGCUUCUUACCGAGGGGAUCGUAGGCCACGUCUACUGGACGGAGGAUCUCCGGCUGUCGGAGCAGGAAGUAGCCCGCUGGACGCUUGCGCUUGCGCUUGCGCUUGCGUGGAGUGUUCCGGGCCUGGCCCUGGCCCUGUUCAAAUGAAAACCUUUCCCCCAAUAUUCUAGUUUCUACAUGUACUUUACAUAGUGACCAGUGCAGUGCGACCAACAAAAAAUCAAGCCAGCUAGCAGACUGUCGAUUGUCCGGUCGAAAAAGACUGAACGAGGAGAUUCUUCAUUCAAAAUGUUUCCUACUGCGGGCCUUUUUCGGGGAGUCCUCUGCCCAGAGAAUGAUGAAAACAAAGGAAGAUGCAAAAGGCCAUAUUGCCACUUCCGACACAUUCGCAGAGUCCCAAACGUAGAAGCUGCAACUGAGCCAAAGUUUCCUGGAGAACAGAAGGCGGCUAAAACCAGACCUGCUAUUGAGAGUAGUAGCUUACCUUCCCAUCGUAGGCCUAAGGACAGGACUCCAGCCACCAAACCUAUCCAGUAUGUCCCUACUCCGCUGUUCCUCUGCAAGAAGCCUACUAAAGAUGCCUUCACGGAGGAAUCAACAGAGGAAGAAGAGGAGUGCAUCAAAGAUGCUGGACCUGCUUCAGGUGCCGGGUUAUCGUCUUACACGCCAACCCCAUUGGCAGACCUGGAGGCUUUGGCAGACGUGAAUGAUGACACUGUUCCAGGAGAUGAUAUGUCAUUGAUGGAUGCUCAUGCAGGAGAUUUCCCUGAGGGUCAGUCAGUAAAGGCCAGUUCCGAUGAUUACCAAGAAAUAGUGCCAUUGUCCAUCGAUGAAAAGGAUCCAAGGGCUGAACAGCCAGCUGUUUCAGAUGGAGAAAGGGAGGACAUGAUCAUUGAGACACAUACUUAUGGAGGAGUUACCGUGACAACAAGAACUCCCAGGAGUUUAUGUAGACCUGACCAAGCAUCUAUGGAGGAAGAAGAUGAGUACAACCCAUUUAGUUCUGUCUUGGAACCAAGUGAAAAGAGUGAUGAAAGACAUAAUAAGACAUCACUGACAUCUCCUGGAGACAAAGAAUCCUUGAGAAGGAUUCAACCUGAUGCAAACUUUGAGCCCCUUUCAAAAGGUGAUGAAUACCCUACUUACGGAAUAUCAGAUGUCUUGAUGGAUGAUGGUGACAGCAACGGAAAGGACUUCAAGGGAUAUUCCAAUACUUCCUCGUAUUCUUACAUGGAUGAUGUACCUACAACAGAUUUGGAGUACCAUCCUUACAGCUAUGCUACUUUAGACAGUAAUGUAGGAGUUGCACUCCCAGCCUAUUCAACAGCAGGAAGUAUUGUUGAGGAAACAGAUUGUCAUGAUGACCUUGAUGGAGGCUACGAUAUGGAUAGCCUUGAGCAAUAUCAUGAAAAAGAAACAGCUAAGUUGGAGUUGAAAAAAAAAUCAGAGAAAAAGAUUAAUGUUGAUAAGCAGCUGUCUGAAAGCAAAAGUAAAAAAGGCCUUGAGGAAAGUAGAAGUACCAAGACAAAACUCAAUGCUGAAAAGAAAGUUGUGUCGAGUAAAAAGAAAGAAGUAACAGCUCCAUCUAGUAAAUCAGUGAACCCGUCCAAAGGAAAAACAACCACUGCUUUAGGGACAUCAGUUAAGAUGACUUCCAAACCAAAGCCAUGUCAAGAGGAAACUGAUCCUAAAAAAAUGGUGUCAAACAACAAGAAACUUCUUAAAAGUAAGAGUGAAGUGAACAUGCAGGAAAAAGAUGAUAAUGCUAAGAAAGAGAGCAAGAAGGAAAAGAUAGAUAAUAAGAUUCAAUUAGCAAAGAGUGCGACCAAGGGAAAUGUCAUUUCUGGUAAGGACAAAGUCAUUGAAAAAUCAAAACCAAAGGUUUCAGCUGAGCAAUUGGCAAACUUUUUCAAAAAACGUCAAGAAUCCACAGGAAUGAAGUCGCAGGGUAAGAGAAAAAUGAAAGACCUUACAGGAAUCGCCCAAGUAAAGAGUGAAGGUAUGAAAAGGACAGAAGAAAGUAAUUCUUUGAAAAAUGUUUCAAAGGGAACAAGUAGUCACAGGAAAGAUUCCAAUAUCAAAGAAAAGCAACAAGGAAAACAAGAAACUCCAAAGACACCUUUGAGUGAUCGUAGUCUGUUCCAGUCACUUGGAAAACCAUCAGCCAAAGUUUUGCCAAAGAAGUCAUCCAUCAAAGAAUGUGACAUUGAUAUAUUUGCGAUAUCCAAUGACUCAAGUUCUGAUGAAGGUGAUGGUGCAAGAUCAAAAGCAUCAUCUAAAUCAAAACAUUCUGUCAUUAGUGCUGUACCAAGAAAAAGAUCAGUAUCAUCUGAUAAGAACAGGCAAGCUAACGAAAGUGAGAAUGGUGUGAAGAAAAAAAGAACUGCAUCCCCUUCCAAAACAAAUGAUCCAAAGCGAUUGAGGAAACUCUCUACCUCGCCAUUGAAGAAAGAAAGCACCAAACUCAUUGACAUGGAUUUGUUUGGGGAUGAUAGUGAUGGUGAUUCAGAUGAAAUAAACUUUCUAUCAAUAUCGGAGGAUAGACAUGAAUCUCCAAAUAAAUUUCCCAAGAAAUCUGCAGAUGUUUCCAGCAUCAAGACAGAAGGCUGUUCUUCAACGUCUGAUCGGCAGAGGAAAGUAGCUUGCUCCAAUUCAGCAGAGGUAUCGGGGACAUCAUCAAUUGGGAAUUUCCUUCCUAACACCAGCAAGGUCAAGUCUUCUAAGGUUGGUCCUUCCAAGAAACUAGUGAAUUCUGUAACACAAAAUACUCCAGCCAGUGGACAGGGUCAAAAGCAGUCUUCCAAAGGCACCCUGCCCAAGAAGAAAGACCACAUUCAGGAGCAAGGGAAAGUCAGGACAAGUCACGCAACGAGAGACAUUUCCCAUGAGAGUAGAAAACAUAAACCAGUUAAAAAUCUGUCACGUGCGAAAGCAGAAGUCGUUUCUAUCUCUGAUGAUGAAGACAGUUCAGAUCUGCCCAAUGGUUUUGCAUCAAGUGAUGAUGAUGAUGAUGGUGGUCAUGAUAUGGGAGGAACCAGUAAUGACAUUGGUAACCAUGGCGAUGAACGAGAAGAUGAAAGUGAACACAUGGCGGAGAUGAGAAGGUUUAUGGAGGACAGUUCUUCAGAAGAGGACAUAUCUAAUGAGUGUUAUCGCAUUUUCCAGGAAGUACAGCCAAAGGCAUCGAAGCCAAGCAGUCAAGUAACGACGAAACGGCCAGUAGAAGAGAGGAAAGGUUCAAAUUCAGCUCCAUCAUCUGUUGGCAAACAGCGGAUGGCUCAUGCUUCAAAGUUUGGAGAUGUUAAACGAAAGCCAACCCCAAAGAAGCCCGCCAACUCUCGACCCGGCCCAGCCCAGAUGUGCCACAAUCGCUAUCUCAUGAUGGAGCGUCGACUAGAGAGGGCGUCCCAGGAGGGGGAAUCGGGGGAGACCUCAUCUGGUGCUUCGAUCACAGGGAAGAAGAGGAUAGCGCACCAAUCAGGCACUACCAACAACACUCUCAGGCAACUGACACUGGGGGAAUCCUCCUCUGAGAAGAAGACCACCACUGUCAUGACCUCUAAGAUGGGCAAGAGAACGGCGCACAUGCCCAAGACGGUGUCUAAGAGACCCAUGAUUCCCACAGACUAUGGCAGCAAGGUUCCAAUGAACAUCAGGCAACGAUACCUCAAUGUCUUCAUUGAUGAGCUGCUCAAGACGACAGAAGAAGACCAAGAUGCCUUUGAUAAGGCCCUGGACGAAGAGAAGCUGGUGUAUCAGAGGGCCUCCAGCAAGAACAUCUACCUGAACCUGUGUGUCAACGCCCUGAAGAAGCUCAAGAACCAAACGGACAGCAGACUACAGAUCCCUCCAUCCACUCCAUCCUCACUCUUCCCAUCAAGGGUGGUGUCCCACGAGGCUGUUCUAGGUGGCAAGCUGGCUGCACAGACCUCCUACAGCAUCCACAAGCACUCCAACCUUGACACCGAGAGCUUUGAAGGGAUUCACUUGUAUGAGAAGCUGCAGCGCUACGCCCUCACAGAAGAGCUGCUGAGAGAGAACGGUUACCCUAGACCCUCGGAGACCUCAGGUCAAGCUCUCGUCUUCAAGGAAGAAAGGAACAAGACAUAUGCCAGUAGUGAUCCCAAUCAGCAGGUUUGCUGUCGUUGUGGGUCGACGUACCUAAGGAAUCCCCAAGGCAAGUACAUCACCAGGGAGUCGUGCACCUACCACUGGGGCAGGCCAUGGACACGCAGAAUUUGUGGGAUGAUUGAAAGUCGAUUCUCAUGCUGUACCGGAGACAUGGAAACCAAAGGAUGCUGCAUUUCAAAGUACCAUGUGACAGACAACAAGCAUGGUGACCUCUCAGGCUACAUGAAGACUAUGCCCAAGGACAUUCAGAGGAAUGGACACCCAGGCAUGUUCGCACUAGAUUGUGAAAUGUGUUACACAUCGAUGGGUCUUGAAUUGACUAGGGUGACGGUGGUCGAUGAUCACCUAAAUGAAGUAUACGACACCCUGGUCCAGCCUGACAAUGAAGUUGUCGACCACAACACAAGGUUCAGUGGUAUCACAGAGAAUGAUCUAAAGCGUGUGACCACCAAGCUUCGAGAUGUCCAAGCAGUGCUUCUCAACAUGUUCUCUGCACAGACCAUCCUCAUAGGCCACAGCUUGGAGAGCGACUUUCUAUCGCUGAAGCUGCUACACAGUACUGUGAUUGACACUGCAAUUGUCUUUCCCCAUCGUCGUGGUCCUCCCCUAAAGAGGGCGCUAAAGACCUUGAUGGCCGAGUAUCUCAACAGACUCAUCCAAGAUGAUGUUGGUGGCCAUGACAGUACUGAGGAUGCCAGGAGUUGUAUGGAACUCAUGAUAUACAAAGCUAAAGAAGAUGCCAAGGUGAAGAGGAAAAGAUGACAGCAAUGAAUCCUCUCUGGAAUGUAGUCUUCUGGAACCAAACACCUGCAGACUCUGCCAGCCUGUAUUUGCACCUAUUUAUGUUCAAUGCUGCUAAGAUGUGACAAUGGGGAGCUUCCCUGAAGCAUAAACAAGAUGUGCUUGUUCAAAGUAGCAUAGAGUUUUAGUUAUAGAGGUGUUGUGGUCUAGUGGAUAAGUAACCCGACUGCAGAUCACAAGGUACGAGGUUCAAGUCCCGCCGCAGCACUAAUGUCCUUUGGCAAGAAUUUAAUAUACAUUUGCCACUCUCCACCCAGGUGUUAAUGGGUACCUGAAAUGCUUGAGGGCUAGUUACUUUCAAUUGGCAGCUUGGCUACAACCAGGGUAAUAUGUGUAAAUGGCCAUGAGUGUCAGAGCCUGGCAGAUACAGGCGCUCUAUAUUAUUGUAACAUGAUACGGUUGCUCACAGUAGUUUAAAGUGUCACAAACAUCACCUCAACACCUUUAUGAAUAUGUAACAUGUCGCUAUGUCAGAGUGACCAGCGAGCCGAAAAAAGCUCUCUCCUGGAAAGUCGACACCUGAAGCAAAAAACCCACUUAUAUCCUCCAAGAAUGCUCCAAAGAAACAACUCUAUGACAAUGGUAAUGAGGUGUGGAAAAUCUGAAUGCUCUUGCUCACUGAGUAUCAGAAAAAAUGAAAACAUUUUAAAUGCAUCUUCUUCGUACCCCUCUUGUGUAGGCAAAUCAACUCACCUUGCUUCAAAUUUGCUUACUUUGGUCGAGUGGUUGCGUUACAUGACCUUUUGUGAAACGAAAAAGGAAGAUCAUGUGAAGAUGUACAUUAAGGGCAUGACCCUUUGUAGAUUUGCUGUAGGGUUUUCACAAAGAUUCAGGUUAAUUUGACAGUAUCAUUUGUGGAUGAGAGGGGUUUAUUCAACAAACAUUGAGUAAAGGGGCAUGUUUUUACCCAACCCAUGUAAUGGCCUGAUGAUUUGAAGUAAGCCCUUCCAAUUUAAAUCUGAAUAUAAUUCUGUAAAUUGGACUAAGAUAACAAUUUCUUGUCUUCCUGAAACAGGAAGAAGUAAAUGCACUGACCAUUAUUCUUUAGGAAGAUAUUCAAAGCCAAAGUUAGCAACAAGGCUGGUAUAGUACAUUGUUGAUACCAAAUAAUACCUUGUCUAAAGUCUCAAGUUAAAACUUGUUUACUUGAUAUCCAAACUGUCUGAUAUAUGAGGUGCAAACACAAAUAUGGAAGAGCUGUUCCAUUACAAAACUUUGCAAAAAAUGUACCAGUAAAAUUAUGCAUGAACUUGUAGAUAGGACACACUGUAUGACUUUUACAGUCUAAAGCAGAAGUAAGCUAAUUUGUACGCAAAUUAAUCUUAACUAUGCAUUUUCGAAAUUUCAAGUUUAUGAACAUGUACUGACAUGUGCAUUAACAGGAAAGCGUAAAAACUGUUUGAAAAAACAACACUAUAUGAUGACUAACGAGGGAACAAACUGUCAAUGGGUGAUUGUCUGAUCGUCUGAUUAUGAUUAUGAUAUUGAGUAAUUGGGAUCAUAGAAAAGCGCUUCAUGAGACAUCCUGAGACAAAUUCAGAAUAAAAGUGCAAUAAAAAGAGACCAGGGGAAUCAUGAUUUCAUCAUUGAAUAAUUACACAACCCUCAAAUUAAUAACAAUUUAUCCUUGGGCAUUUAAGCAAACAGACAGGUUGGCGUUGCUUUGAAUAUGGGAAUUUUCUUUGUUAUUACUUUUAUUUUGUAUAACUCAGUGACCCAACAUCUGAGGCUUAACUUUUGCAAGAUGCUGCAAAUAAAAUUUGGAGAUUUGGAUAUUUAUAAGGUCACCCUGAUAUUAUUAAGCUGGUUUAAGUAAAAGCAGAAACAAUGAGAGAGACAGGUCAGUGAAAGCUUGAGCGAAUUCUGGUUACAAGCUCCUCUCCUAUUUUUCUGUACUAAACAAAAUCUGAUUUUGUUGUUUGCCCACAUGAAAAUUUUCAAUCAUAAAUGCACCCUAAAUUUAACCUUUGCAUAUAUAUUUUUUGUUAACCCCUGUAUAGAAAAAAAUAUAUUCUUUUAUCAAUAAUGAAUAAAAUGUAAACAGAGCAAAUUGGAGAGGAGCUUGCAAGGUACAUCACAGUGUGGCCAAUUUGUGGAUUGAUCGCAUCUCCAAAAAUUCACUACUUUCUUAUUUUUA